AUGGCCAACGAACAAAGAAAUAUCCUCACGGAAAAGGUCAUCUCGCCCUUGACGAUAGCACAUGUCGUCCUCAAGACUGGGAAACCUAAACCCAUGGUUGCCUAUUACAAGGCCUUCCUCGGGGCCCAUAUCCAGUACGAAAACGAGACGAUAUGUUUUUUGGCAUACGACGAAGAGCAUCAUCGUAUCGCCAUCAUCAACUUCCCGACCCUUGGUCCCAAGCAAGGCGCAGGAUUGGAUCACGUCGCCUUCACCUUUGACUCGCUGCAGGAUCUCGUCCUGGCUUAUAAACAGCGCAAAACACGGGGUAUCGUCCCCAUCUGGUGUGUCAACCACGGCAUAACGACGAGCAUGUAUUACCAAGAUCCCGAUGGGAACAAGAUUGAGACGCAGGUGCAAAAUUUCGACACGGUCGAAGAAGCGAAUGCUUACAUGACAAGCACCGACUUCACCGAGAAUCCCAUCGGUGUCGACUUCGAUCCUGAGGAGCUUGUCAAGCGGCUAGAGAGCGGUGAGGAUGAGCGGGACAUCAAAAAGAAGCCGAAUAUUGGCCCAAGGAGCAUAGAGUCGGUCAAGUCGAGGGUUGUGCCCCCGCCAUUUGCGAAGGAUAGUUAUGAACCUAUCUAUCUUUAGAAAAAUGCGGACGUGCUGCAGUGUUCGGCAAGUUAAGAUAAAUUUGCGAUCAGUUCCGGGGGCUGAGUGUAGGAACAAAUCAAGCAUGUCCGAUUAAUUUGUAG